AAAAUUGGCAAGAUUUGGGGGUAACCUAGUAAGAACCUUAAGAUGACUAAACCGAAAGGUUCUUGAGUUAAAACGCACUUGAUGAAGGAUUAGCUUGCCUUUGCCUCUACUUGGUGCCGAGUGAACAGAAGGAAGAACUGGUGGUGGGGCCCAUGAACAAUGAAAUGCAUUGGGGCUGUCCGUUCGUUGGUAGGUGCCAUGUAGACUCUGCACCCAACAUAUUCCAUGAGACUCAUAACUGGAUGAUGUCAUCAAGGUGGACGUCCAGCACCAGCAGACAUGGAUGCAGGAAGAUGAAGACAGACAUGGCUGCUAGAACCUCCCAAGAUUUCUCCUCCAAGAGGCACUUCCACUGGACUAAAAAGGUAGGCAAUGAAGAAUCUGAAGCUCCCACUUCAGAAUCAAUCUUAAAAAUCAUAGAGGAGGAGGAGACCAAGGAGGAUAAUGACAAGAAUCCAGGAUCAGCAGCUGCAUCACAACAAGCAGCAUCAAGAAGGAAGCUUCAAGCCAUUGCAAUCUCAAGGCUUCGAUCCAUCCUCACCAAGUUUGGUAAGAACCGUUCGAGCCUACCCUUCGGCCUAGGUCCUAGAGUAGUAGGAACCCUCUUCGGGUAUCGACGUGGGCAUGUGCAUUUUGCGUUCCAAAAGGAGCCCACUUCCCAACCAGCCUUCUUGAUCGAGUUGGCUACACCAAUUAGUGGUCUUGUUCGUGAAAUGGCAUCUGGGUUAGUUCGAAUCGCUCUGGAAUGUGACAAAGAGAAGGAAGAAGGUAAGAAAGCUGUGAGGUUGCUUGAAGAGCCGGUAUGGAGGACGUACUGUAAUGGGAAGAAAUGUGGGUUUGCUACGAGAAGAGAAUGCGGGCCAAAGGAGUGGGAUAUACUGAAAGCUGUUGAGAAAAUUUCAAUGGGUGCUGGUGUUUUGCCUGCUGAAGCUGGAUCUGAUGGUGGUGACGGUGAAAUCAUGUACAUGAGGGCUAAGUUUGAGAGAAUUGUGGGGUCCAGAGACUCUGAAGCUUUCUACAUGAUGAAUCCAGAUAGCAAUGGAUCUCCGGAGCUCAGCAUAUACUUGCUCAGAGUCUAGCAUCAAUGGAAGCUCUGUUCAGUUACUUAGUUCAUUUCCCCUUUUUUGAAACACUAGCAUCAACGGAGGCCAUGUCUUCUCCAAGUUCUUUUUCCUUCUUUUUUUUUUUUUUAGAUUAGUAUGAGAAGUGGACUUACUGUGUCAGAGGGAGGUGGAAAAUGGUGGGUGAUUAGUAUACUUUACAGCAUGGUGAUGUGGGGCAUGAAAGGGUGUAUAUGUAUAGUUUCUUCUUUCCCAAUCCUUUUUAAUCAGUGAUCAGACAAAAAAAGUCGUUGCAAAUCAUGAAUGUCUUCACAUUGUCAUUGGUUUGAUUAA